AACAUUGAUUCCUCUAAUAAAUAAUCCGUAUUUAAGAUGUGAACUGUAGAGAUUAACGGUUAAAUACCUGUAGUUCAGCCCGACGACGACAUGGAUUCUACCGGGAACCGAACGGACUCGUCGUGUUUUUGACCGCCAAACUGGUUCUACUGGACUCUUUGUUUUCCACUGUUUUCCAUUCCGACUCCAACUGGACUUUAUUGUUUCACUAACUGAUUUCUACUAUUGGCUGUCUCGACCUCUGAUCUUCACCAUGAGCUCCAGGGUGUGCAGGACCUGUGGGGGGUCCGACAUAGACGUGGAUCAGGCCCGGGGCAGCGCGGUGUGUACCAGCUGUGGUUCGGUUCUGGAAGAUAACAUCAUCGUCUCGGAGGUUCAGUUCGUGGAGGGAAGCGGAGGCGUUUCCUCGGCUGUGGGACAGUUCGUGUCUGCCGACGGUCCAGUUAAGGCCCCCCUUCUUGGUUCUGGUUUUCACACCAGUGUUGGAAAAGAGUCCAGAGCCCAGACCCUGCAGGGCGGUAAGCGUCAGAUCCAGCAGCUGGGCAGUCAGCUGCAGCUGAACCAGCACUGUCUGGACACGGCCUUCAACUUCUUCAAGAUGGUUGUCAGUAAACACCUGACCCGAGGACGCAAGACGGAGCACGUCAUCGCCGCCUGCCUCUACCUGGUGUGUCGCACCGAGGGGACGCCACACAUGCUGCUGGACCUGAGUGACCUGCUGCAGGUGAACGUUUAUAUUCUGGGGAAAACCUUUCUGCUGUUGGCUCGUGAGCUCUGCAUCAACGCUCCCGCCAUCGACCCCUGUCUCUACAUCCCUCGUUUUGCCCACAGGUUGGAGUUCGGGCUGCAGACCCAUGAGGUGUCCAUGACGGCUCUGCGUCUGGUCCAGAGGAUGAAGAGGGACUGGAUGCACACCGGCCGCCGGCCGUCGGGCCUCUGUGGGGCCGCGCUCCUGGUAGCAGCUCGGAUGCACAAGUUUCGUCGUACGGUGAAGGAUGUGAUCAGUGUUGUGAAGGUCUGCCAGACCACUCUGAGAAAGAGAUUAACAGAGUUUGAAGACACGCCCACCAGUCAGCUGACCAUUGAUGAGUUCAUGAAAGUCGACCUGGAGCAGGAAUGUGAUCCACCCUCCUUCACGGCCGGACAGAACAAAGCCAAGAUGCAGCAGCUGGAACACGAGCUGGCCAGGAAACUGGAUGAGGUCGAAGGAGAGAUCAGCUGCUAUAAAGACGAGAUUGAGACGGAGCUGGAGAAGAGCCGGCCCAAACUCCGAGGGAUCUACGCCGCCUACAGCAAGGAGACGGACCCUGAUGGUGUCCACGUCUCAUCCUUGACCUCUGAACCCGCCGUGCAGGAGGUCAAGGACCCCGAUUUCCAAGCCGCCGCCCAACACCUGACCCAGGACUUCCUGUGUGAGGCGAUUCAAGAGGAGGAGGGGCGGGGGAAGAAGGAGGGGGCGGGACCUCACCGGCAGGCCGCUCCUCUGGCCGCCAUCCUGGGAAGUCUGCCAAGUGUAGCCAGCCUGAGCCUCCAGCAGACCUUCACCGGCUCGGAAGAGGGCGAGGACCCGGACGACGAGCGGUCGGAGAGCGGAGACCUGGACCUGCAGGACAUCGACGACCAGGAAAUCGAUGAUUACAUCCUGGAUGAUUGGGAGGUGGAGGUGAAGACGGAGCUGUGGAUGAAGCAGAACGCAGAGUACCUCAAGGAGCAGAAAGAGAAGGAGGAGCGGAUCAGGAAGGAGAAGGAGCAGGGCACCUACAAAGAGAAGCCCAUGAAGUCCAAGAAGAAGAAGCAGCCGGCGGCGGCGCUGACGGCGGGCGAGGCCAUCGAGAGGAUGCUGGAGAAGAAGAAGAUCUCCAGUAAGAUCAACUACGACGUCCUCAGAGACCUGAACAGCAGAGGGACAGGAGGUGUGGGGGGGGGCAGUCCCAGCAGAGCGACCCCCGACCCCCCCACACGAAGACGACUCGUCCGCCGCCGGAAGACCAGCGAAGCAAACCAAGACCUCGGCGCCACCACCAGCACCAUGGGGAAGAGGGUCCGACUCCUGUUGUCCUCCAAAUCAAAGAAGAAGACAUCCGUCCAGGCAGAAAACACCGUCACCAUGACAACAGAGGCUUCAUCUCCUGGACUCGAACUGGACAGAAGCCCUGCCCCUGUUACCCCGCCCCCUGAGGAGCAGCAGGAGGACGAGUGUGUCAGCGCUCUGCAGCUCGUCGGGGACUACGGCUGUGAGGAGGAGGAAGUCUUCUAACUCCGCCCUGCUGAUCUUUGACGUCCAGAAUAAACUCCGUCUUGUUAAAGUGAGGCAGCUGAAACUGAUCAAUGUUACAGUAAUCAAUAUCAGUAGCUUUUAGAUGCUUGUAUAUUUUUAUAUUGAUCCAUUUGAAUGUAAAUAGAUGAACAUUCCUGUCAGAUGGAAUCCUUCCCACCGGCUCUGAUGUUUGUGUUUUUACUGUUUUUCUUGUGUACUUUGCUCGUAGAGGAAUGUGUAUUUCGUGUAUUUCUUACUUGUGUUUGUUGUUUCUGAAAAGAGAGAAAAACAUUGAAAGAAUGAAAAAACCUCUGAAUGGAGAAAUAAUACUAAUAAACUUGAUUGGUAUUCCUUUA